UCAGUUUCUGGAUAUACAAAUGGUGGGUCGUCAUAUGUUCGCCGAUCGCAGCCUUCUCAUGCUCAGCUGUGGCUAGGCUGACAUCGAGUCUGAUGGUGCCUACAUUCGUCCUGACAUUGAUAGUCACUGGGCGUUUGCAAUGGCAGACACAAUCCAAGUUUUGGGUUGUGUCUGUAUCUGGUGUAGGAGAAAUAGCGAAUCGGACGGAGACUCGCAGGUGGAAAGAGGACAACCAAGUCAAUCUCUACACCCUCGCAUCCCCCCACGGAAGGUGUGCGAUUCGCCAAUAGCUACGACAAGUGAGGUUUUGGAGGUGUUGUAUCCUCCAUCACAUCUUGACACCCCUACGGCUCUCGACCCUGAGGCUAGUCCUCCCGCUUACGAGCUGCGACCCACAGUACCUCCAAAUACUCCGCAAGACCAACUGCUCCCGAUUUCUUUCCGAGACGGCAGGGGUCUCGUCCCUUUUACCCCUUGUCCUCCGCAAGUCACUCCUUCCAUGGAUGCUGUGUCAUCUUACCACUUGUCCGAUACUCCUCUUGACGUCGCCGUUCCAAGCUCACAAUCUCCUCGUCAACCAUCAACAGGGAUUGUGCGACAACCAAUCACUGGCUGUUCACUGGAGUCUCAUAAAGAAGUUGAUAAUGUUGAGCCUCCGGCAUACAGUCGGUUCGAUUCUUCACGGCCCCGGUUCCCAGCUGCUUCUGACAUCCUGGGACCAUACCCGCAUAUCUCGAUGCUUUCCCCGAAUCUUGGGUGAUCUAGGGGGGUUUGAUAUUAUAUUGUUCUGGAACGAGGAUUUGUGUAAUCUUGAUGUAUCAAAAACAUAUCACAUGUAUCCCUAGAUCUGCAAUGCUAUGUAUGUCAUUGUAGACUGGUCAUCGUUGGCUUAGUCAUAGAUGCUAGUGAACACAGUUUGAAUCACGCGAAA